AUGGGGGUGGAGGGGGAAACCGUGGCCCUGAAGAACGUGCUCAUUGGCGUCAACCUGAUCCUGCUGGGCGCCAUGCUCAAGCCCUCGGAGUGUCAGCUGGAGGUCACCACGGAGAGAGUCCAGCGACAGGCAGUGGAGGAGGAAGGAGGUGUCGCCAGCUAUAACACGUCCAGCAAAGAGCAGCCUGUGGUCUUCAACCACGUGUACAACAUCAACGUGCCCCUGGACAGCCUCUGCUCCUCCUCGGGGCUGGAGGCCUCCGCCGAACAGGAAGUGAGUGCCGAGGACGAGACUCUGACGGAGUACACCGGGCAGACCUCAGACCACGAGAGCCAGGUCACCUUCACCCACAGGAUCCACCUUCCCAAAAAGGCCUGCCCAUGCGCAGGCUCGGCACAGGUGUUGCAGGAGCUGCUGAGCAGGAUCGAGAUGCUGGAGAGGGAGGUGUCGGUGCUGCGGGACCAGUGCAGCACCAACUGCUGCCCAGAAAGCGCGGCCACAGGACAACUGGACUAUACCCCUCACUGCAGUGGCCACGGCAACUUUAGCCUCGAGUCCUGUGGCUGCAUCUGCAGUGAAGGCUGGUUUGGCAAGAACUGCUCAGAGCCCUACUGCCCGCUGGGCUGCUCCAGCCGGGGCGUGUGUGUGGACGGCCAGUGCAUCUGUGACUCUGAGUACAGCGGGGACGACUGCUCCGAGCUCCGGUGCCCGACAGACUGCAGCUCCCGGGGGCUGUGUGUGGACGGGGACUGUGUCUGUGAAGAGCCCUACACGGGCGUGGACUGCAGGGAGCUGAGGUGCCCCGGGGACUGUUCGGGGAAGGGGACGUGCGCCAACGGCACCUGUUUAUGCCAGGAGGGCUAUGUUGGCGAGGACUGCGGCCAGCGCCGGUGUCUGAACGCCUGCAGUGGCCGCGGACACUGCCAGGAGGGGCUCUGCAUCUGUGAGGAAGGCUACCAGGGCCCUGACUGCUCGGCAGUUGCCCCUCCAGAGGACUUGCGAGUGGCUGGUAUCAGCGACAGGUCCAUUGAGCUGGAAUGGGACGGGCCGAUGGCAGUGACGGAAUAUGUGAUCUCUUACCAGCCGGCGGCCCCGGGGGGCCUCCAGCUCCAGCAGCGGGUGCCUGGAGAUUGGAGUGGUGUCACCAUCGCGGAGCUGGAGCCAGGUCUCACCUACAACAUCAGCGUCUACGCUGUCAUUAGCAACAUCCUCAGCCUUCCCAUCACUGCCAAGGUGGCCACUCAUCUCUCCACUCCGCAAGGGCUACAGUUCAAGACCAUCACAGAGACAACCGUGGAGGUGCAGUGGGAGCCCUUCUCAUUCUCUUUCGAUGGGUGGGAGAUCAGCUUCAUUCCAAAGAACAAUGAAGGAGGAGUGAUUGCUCAGCUCCCCAGCGAUGUUACCUCCUUUAACCAGACAGGACUGAAACCUGGGGAAGAAUACAUUGUCAAUGUGGUGGCUCUGAAGGAACAAGCCCGGAGCCCCCCGACUUCAGCCAGCGUCUCCACGGUCAUUGAUGGGCCCACGCAGAUCCUGGUUCGAGACGUCUCUGACACUGUGGCCUUUGUGGAGUGGACCCCACCCCGAGCCAGAGUCGAUUUCAUUCUCCUGAAAUAUGGAUUGGUGGGUGGGGAAGGCGGGAAGACCACCUUCCGGCUACAGCCUCCCCUGAGCCAAUAUUCGGUGCAGGCCCUGCGGCCCGGCUCCCAGUAUGAGGUGUCGGUCAGUGCAGUCCGAGGGACCAACGAAAGUGAUGCCACAACCACCCGGUUUACAACAGAGAUUGAUGCUCCCAAGAACUUGCGGGUUGGCGUCCGCACAGCAACCAGCCUCGACCUGGAGUGGGACAACAGCGAGGCAGAGGUUCAGGAGUACAAGGUGGUGUACAGCACCCUGGCCGGUGAGCAGUACCAUGAGAUGCUGGUCCCCAAGAGCAUGGGGCCAACCACCAGGGCCACUCUUACAGAUCUGGUACCUGGCACUGAGUAUGGAGUCGGAAUAUCUGCCAUCAUGAACUCGCAGCAAAGUGUGCCGGCCACCAUGAAUGCCAGGACUGAACUGGACAAUCCCAGGGACCUCAUGGUGACAGCCUCCUCAGAGACCUCCAUCUCCCUCAUCUGGACCAAGGCCAGCGGCCCCAUCGACCACUACCGAAUUACCUUCACUCCUUCCUCCGGAAUUGCCUCAGAAGUCACCGUGCCCAAGGACAGCACCUCGUACACACUGACAGACCUGGAGCCUGGGGCAGAGUACCUCAUUUCCAUCACCGCGGAGAGGGGUCGGCAGCAGAGCCUGGAGUCCACUGUGGAUGCCUUCACAGGUUUCCGCCCUAUCUCCCAUCUGCACUUCUCCCACGUGACUUCCUCCAGCGUCAACAUCACCUGGAGCGACCCCUCUCCCCCAGCAGACAGACUCAUCCUGAACUACAGCCCCCGCGACGAGGAGGAAGAGAUGAUGGAGGUCUCCUUGGACGCCACCAAGAGGCACGCUGUCCUGAUGGGCCUGCAGCCGGCCACCGAGUACAUCGUCAACCUCAUGGCCGUCCAUGGCACGGAGACCUCCGAGCCCAUUGUGGGAUCCAUCACCACAGGAAUCGAUCCCCCGAGAGACAUCACGAUUAGCAACGUGACCAAGGACUCAGUGACGGUCUCCUGGAGCCCCCCUGUUGCUUCUUUUGAUUACUACCGAGUGUCCUAUCGCCCCACCCAAGUGGGACGGCUGGACAGCUCGGUGGUGCCCAACACUGUGACAGAAUUCACCAUCAGCAGACUGAACCCAGCUACCGAAUACGAAAUCAGCCUCAACAGCGUGCGGGGCCGGGAGGAGAGUGAGCGCGUCUGCACUCUGGUGCACACAGCCAUGGAUAACCCUGUGGAUCUGGUGGCUACCAACAUCACGCCCACGGAAGCCCUGCUGCAGUGGAAGGCGCCCACGGGAGAAGUAGAGAACUACGUCAUCGUUCUCACACACUUUGCAGUUGCUGGGGAGACCAUCCUGGUUGAUGGGGUCAGUGAGGAAUUCCAGCUUGUCGACCUGCUCCCUAGCACCCACUACACUGUCACCAUGUAUGCCACCAGCGGGCCUCUCACCAGUGGAACCAUCAGCACCAACUUCUCCACCCUCCUGGACCCUCCUGCAAACCUGACCGCCAGUGAGGUCACCCGACAGAGCGCCCUCAUCUCCUGGCAGCCUCCCAGGGCAGAGAUUGAGAACUACGUCUUGACCUACAAAUCCGCCGAUGGAAGCCGCAAGGAGCUGAUUGUGGACGCGGAGGACAGCUGGAUCCGCCUGGAGGGCCUCCUGGAGAACACAGACUACACAGUGCUCCUGCAGGCAGCCCAGGAAACCUCCCGCAGCAGCACCACCUCCACCGCCUUCAGCACAGGGGGCCGAAUAUUCCCUCACCCCCAAGACUGUGCGCAGCACCUGAUGAAUGGAGACACCCUGAGUGGGGUGUACGCCAUCUUCCUCAACGGGGAGCCGAGCCAGAAGCUGCAGGUGUUCUGCGACAUGACCACGGACGGCGGCGGCUGGAUCGUGUUCCAGAGGCGGCAGAAUGGCCAAACGGAUUUUUUCCGGAAAUGGGCUGAUUACCGCGUUGGCUUCGGGAACCUGGAGGACGAAUUCUGGCUCGGGCUGGACAACAUACACAGGAUCACAAGCCAGGGCCGCUACGAGCUGCGCGUGGACAUGCGGGACGGGCAGGAGGCGGCCUUCGCCUACUACGACAAGUUCUCCGUGGAGGACAGCCGAAGUCUGUACAAACUCCGCCUAGGAGCCUACAACGGCACUGCGGGGGACUCCCUCAGCUAUCACCAGGGACGCCCUUUCUCCACGGAGGAUCGGGACAACGAUGUCGCAGUGACCAACUGUGCCAUGUCGUACAAGGGCGCGUGGUGGUAUAAGAACUGCCACCGGACCAACCUCAACGGGAAAUACGGGGAGUCCAGGCACAGUCAGGGGAUCAACUGGUACCACUGGAAAGGCCACGAGUUCUCCAUCCCCUUUGUGGAAAUGAAGAUGCGUCCCUACAACCACCAUCUCGCGGCAGGGAGGAAACGGCGGGCCUUCCCGUUCUGA